GUGAUUGUGUGUCUGAGAGUCAACGUAUCUCCUUCUCCACCCAAUCAGUUGUCGUAUGGAUGCAAAGAGACUGUGUCCAAAACAUGGCUGUUAUUAGAUGUUGCCGACGGCAGUUCGAUUUGAAUCUCAUAACAGUCGAGCCAGUUUUGUUUCUUUACAUGAUCGGACUCUUUCUGUCAAUUCCAACCUUCCAGGCAUUUGUGUAUAACAAGGUCUGCAUUGACAAGUACAACGAGACUUUCUGCGGCAGCCUGCGCAACCAGACAUUCCAAGAGGACCACAAAACAGAAGAGGAUUAUGUCCAGUCUGAGACGUCCUACUUGAUCUUAAAGAGAACAGCUGUAGAACGUGUUCCGGCAUGUUUUAUUGUACUGUUUUUCCUUGGAUCCUGGGGUGACAAAGUGGGUCGGAAACUACCUGUAAUUAUACCCAGUGUGGGGACAACGUUGUCUUACAUUGGGUAUAUGAUUCUUUCCAUUUACCCUUCAAGUAAAGUGGAGUAUGUGAUGAUCGCUGCUGUAGUAAAUGGUCUCUCUGGGAGUUUUACUGCCCUGUUGAUGGCAUCGUACAGCUACGUGACGCACGUUGCUGAUCCAAAGAAUAGAACUACGCGAAUAGGAAUCGUGGAGGCUGUUAUCUUCUUGGCUGGAACAGUUGGAGUCUUCACAUCGGGAGUCAUGUUGGACAAUACAAGCUUCACAUUCGUCUUCGCCGUCAUGAGUGGAUGUUCCUUCUUAGGACUGGUAUACGCUGUCAUACGUUUAGAAAACCUAAAGGCGAGCACAACAAGACGGCUAGAGGGUGAAGGUUUCUGCGAAUAUUGGUUUCUGGGAUCUGUCAAGGAGUCUGGUCGUUGUGUGAUGAAGAAGAGGCAAGGGAAGAGAACUGUCUAUAUCAUCAUACUGAUUAUCAUCUUCAACCUCUUUGUUAUCGGAACAGUGAGUGAAGCGGACAUCCUCCUCCUGUUCACAAAGCGAGCUCCACUCAGCUGGUCACAGACAACUUUGGGUUACUAUCAGGGUCUGGAGAACUUCGCUCGGAGUUUAAUGCUGGUCACAGUUCUGCCUCUGGUUAGGAAGUUGAGGAACACCACCGUAGGACUCUGGGGUUUGAUCUCCAAAGCCAUCGGUCUGGUGGUAUUGGGACUCAGUACACGAACAUGGCACGUCUUUCUAGUGACACUGCUGUCCAUGUUUCAAGGCUUCCCAGCAGCUGUUGUUCGGUCACUCUUGUCAAGUAUGGUCAGUCAGGCUGAACAGGGGCGCUUGUUUGGACUCCUGGCUUCAAUGGACAGCAUUGCUGUCGUGGUGGCAUCCCUGAUCUUCAACCAACUCUACCCAGCAACCCUUGAUAUCCUACCUGGCCUCAGCUUUAUGGUGGCUGCUGGUCUGUGUGUUGUUGCAGCAGCCAUUAUGCUAUGGCUUCAUUUUGAUAUGAGAGGACGGGUAUUGGUACUUACACAAAAUGUGACAGGAGACACAGAGGACAAAAACAAAGAGGACGCUCAGGUGGAGGCUUCGACGACCCACAUGUAAUCAUAAUCAGUCAUCACGUUUCGAGCAAAUGUCAGAUGUUUUGCCUAUAACAUCCGAAUAUGUCAAUAGUAAUAUAUUCGAGCAGUACACAAUACUCCAGAUCGGGUUCAAGUAUCAACACAAAGGGCUAAAAAGAGAGAAAAAACUGGGUUUUUUUAGAUAUUUAUGUCACUCUCUUUAUUUUCUCAGUUCUUUCAGCCUGCUUAUCUUGAGCAUAAAUAGUACUUCUUCUCCCUCUUGUAUUUUCGAACAAAUCUGUGAAAUCCCUACACAUGUGGGUGAAUGCACAUAACAUAUAAAUUAUUGUCUCUGGAGUCUCAUACCCGUGGAGAUCCAGGUUAGAAUUGGUCUUGACUCGUCGUACGAGGCUGACGGGAUCGGGUGGUCAGGCUCGCUCACAUGUAUCUCAGUAGCUUAGAUCGAUGUUCAUGCUGUUGAGCAAUGGAUUG